AUGUCGAUUGUGCCGGCAGGAGAGGCUGGUGUAUUCGGGUUCAGGCGAUCAUGGAGGAUCGGGAGGAGUGGGGUGGUUGAGCCGGAGGUGGAGGAGUCGACGGUGUUGUCCGAGGCGGAGACGGCGAAGCGGACCGCCAAGGACAGAAAGGUCAAGGCGCAUCUUCUUCAAUGUAUUCCUGAUGACUUGCUUAUGCAAGUCGCCAAGAAGAAGACGGGGAAGGAGGUGUGGGAUUCCCUGAAAGCUCGCUUCGUUGGGGCGGAUCGGGUGAAGGACGCGAGGUUGCAGAUGCUCAAGACGGAGUUUGAUGCCAUUUGGAUGAAGAAUGGAGAAUCCCUGGAUGAGAUUGUGGGGAAACUGACGGCGAUGUCAGUUAGAUACAGCAGUCUGGGGGGAUGCCUGGAGGAUCGGGAGUUAGUCAAGAAAUUGUUUGAUAUCGUGCCUGAUCAGUACUUGACGGUCGUGGCCGGUAUUGAGCAAUUCUAUGAUCUGAAGUCGUUGGCAUUUGAUGAUGUAGUUGGGCGUUUGAAGGCAUUAGAAGAACCGGAGUGGGAAGCUAGACAGAAGAACGCGGGAGGUGACUCUUCUGGGAAGGGGAAGAGAGGAGAUGGUGGGAGCCGAGGGCGUGGUCGUGGCCGCAGUGGUGGCGGUGGCGGUCGAGGUGCCGGUGGUGAUGCCGGGAAGGAUGGCGCAGGGAAGCGUGACAAAAGUCACAAAAAAUGCUUCAAGUGUCACACCUAUGGGCAUUAUGCAAAUAGAUGCCCAAACGAGAAGAAGAAGGAGGAGGCGCACUUUGCAAAGGCGGAGGAGAAGGAACACUCGGUGUUACUUGCUAAAACGGCCAUGCCGAGACAGCUUGAGCACCCGUCAACAAACCAAGUUCAGAAGGUUGAAAGGAGGAGUACAUGUGGGAUGGCGUUUUAUCUGAAUGAGAACCUUAUAACCUGGUGCUCUCAGAAGCAAAAAGAUGAGAGCAUUGUCUUCCUGUGA